UGGAGGGGUGGGGCGCGGCCCCUCUGGGAGAGGCGGGGGAGCAAGAUGGAGGCAGCGGGCUGUGGGGCCGACCGGCGAAGAAAAAGUAUAAAAGAUAAAGCUAAGAUCAGCUUAAGAAAGUAUGAUGUUGGAGACAAAUUCUCCCAUUUGCCGCUAACUAAAGCAUCUGUUCUUAUGCCUCUAAUGGUUAAAGAUGAAAAGCUGCAUGUGUUGUUCACUGUCAGAUCAAUGAAGUUGAGAAGAUCACCAGGGGAAGUGUGCUUUCCAGGAGGUAAAAGUGAAGCAACAGAUAGAGAUGAAAUAGCCACUGCACUCCGAGAAGCCAAGGAAGAAGUUGGACUCUGUCCAGAGCAGGUGGAAGUCAUCUGUAGACUUGUACCUGGGAUUGAUAAAGUGAAUGUCUUUUCUUGCUUUCAGAUGGGUUCUUUGAUUACACCAGUUGCAGGAUUUAUAGAUGACUCAUUCCAGGCCUGUCCUAACCCAGAGGAAGUGAGUGCUGUGUUUGUGGUGCCAUUGGACUACUUUAUCAAUCCAGUAAAGUACACAGCUCUGCCUUAUAGAGCAUCAGAUGGUGUUUCACAUUGGAUGCAUUCCUUUGUGUAUGAUGACCCUGAGCAUAAUACGUCAUAUGAAAUAUGGGGACUCACUGCACACUUUGCUGUAUUUCUUGCCCUUGUAAUUUUUGGAGAGAGACCUACGUUUGAUGUGGAGUAUGAUCUUGACAAUUUAAUUUCGUCAUCUGAGGAUAGUCUCUUGGCACUGUACAAGACACAACAUGAGAAAAGAAAAAGCAAACUUUGAGUUGUGGGACUGGCACAUGAGGGUACUAUAUCUCUUUGGUGGAGGAAGCAAAUAUUUGGCUUAUUCUCUUUGUACCUAAUUAGUUUUCAUUUGGAUUUUUUUCAAGAUUUUUAAUAUUUUAUUUUCUGGGUCAGAAAUUGUCCGGUAUUAAUGCCUUCAUUGAAUUACAGACAAAUAAAAUACUAAUGGGUUAAGGAGUCCUAAUUGGACUCCCUGUUCUUUAUCAUUUCUGUACCCAUUUUAUACACAUCAAAACUUAUAGUAUUUUUCAUGGUCUUGUGGUUUAACACAGGACUGGAACGCACAAGAUGCACGCCUGGCUUCUGGCUCUGUCACAGAUUUCCUAUAUGACACUGAAUAAAUGUGUUUGUUAUUUCUGUGUCUUGCUUCCUUUUAGUAAAAAUUUAAAGUAUGAAUUUUGGGGGCCAGGUACCUCUUUUCAUAAUGGGGCUUCAAUUUUGUUUAGUACCACUAGAUCCUAUUGUAGUACACAUAAUAAAAAGGUGACAUUGCUUUUAAUGA